UAUCCUUUUUGCACAGUCAUGUGUUCUACAGAAACCAAGGAAUCGUGAGUCUGGGGAUGGAACCUUAUCAAUCUGGCCAUCAGUAUUGCAUCACAAAGAUUGUUUCUCGCAGAAUAUAUACACUGGAUUCCAGUUCCAAUGUCCCUGGGAGCAAGCAAUAUGUCGUUCAUACACGACCAGAACGAACGAGAUUUCGAAUGGGGUGACAAGAGUCCAGUCAUCCCAUCUCCCCCAUCAUACUCUCUCUCAACAUACUCUCCCCCUUCAUACUCAUCACUGCCACCAAUCCUUGAAGCAGCGGAGACGCCAGCAUUAACUCCAUCACAACCGGCGCAAGCCUCGACAUCAACACCAUCGCGACCUAAGAGAAGCCAACGCCGGUUCAAACCUAGAAGGUGCCCAUGCUACUUCCAUGCAGAAAGCUGCGUAAAGCUUUUCUGGCUAACAGUUGUCAUAAUUGUGAUAGUUGGGUUUAUAGUCGGUUUCAUUCUGGGGCUUGUUGAUUAUUUUGCGCCUGGAACUCUUGCUCUCUAGAAUUUUUUUCGGCUAUUUUGCUUUCGCUUAUAUGAUACCUAGCUGGCUUGUUGUACUUGCGUAUUGAAUGAUCAAGGAAAGGGACUGUUCCAUAUCUGGGUAUAUUAGACCAAGUCCGCGGCGUUAUCAACCUAGUCAUCAGGAUUGCAUCACAAAG